CAACACGGCUGUCUCUGACUCGGCAAGGAGACUUUUUUGAACCAUGUGGAGGACGUUGUGUGCUGCUGCUCUCCUAAUCUCUCUGGUUCACAUUGCUCUGUGUUCACUCCUGCUGGACUCAGAGUGGAAGACAUGGAAGACGAGACAUGGGAGGGUCUACAAGAGCUCGGUGCAGGAAGAGGCCAAGAGGAAGGUCUGGGAGGACAACUAUCACGCCAUCCAAGAGCACAACAGUGGAAACCACACCUUUCAACUUGGACUCAAUAUGUUUGCUGAUCUGACAAACGAGGAAUUUGAGAGGAUAUUCCUGACACCCAUGACAACCAGUGAGGUGGGAGAGAGAGGUGGGGAGAUGGAGGUUGAGGAACACGUCCACUCAGGGACCGUCAGCUACCCUUACUCUCUGGACUGGAGAGAGAAAGGAUUCGUCUCUCCCGUGAAGAGCCAGGGCUAUUGUGCCUCUUCGUGGGCUUUCAGUGCAGCCGGAUCAGUCGAGGGACAGCUCUUCAAGAAGACAGGGAGGAAGGGGAAAUCCCUGAGUGAGCAGCAGUUAAUUGACUGCAGCUGGAGCUACGGAAAUGCAGGCUGCAAUGGCGGACACAUGUUAUAUUCGUACAGAUACAUCAUGGACAAUGAGGGCAUCUGCACAGAGAGCUCUUACCCCUACCUGGGA